CCAGGCUCUGGAGCAAGAAUCACGUGAGGGCGAGAAAGCGAGGCGGUGGUUCCCAUAGAGAUAGGAAAAAGGCUGGUCCCAGCCGGUCACAUGAUUUGCCCUUGCAGAUGGCUCCCGCUGCCAGGCUUGGAGCUAAUCGGGGGCCGUGAAGUCCCCCCACCGGCGCGCCCCUCUUUCCUCGCCCCUUCUCCUUCCCCAUUCCGUGGCGACUCCAGCCAGUCUUCGCUCGCCCUGCUCUUACUAUGGAGGUUUUCAUCCCCUCGUUUCGCUACGAGGAGAGCGAAUUGGAGAGAGGCUACACGGUCUUUAAGAUAGAGGUGCUAAUGAAUGGAAGAAAGCACUUUGUUGAAAAAAGGUAUAGCGAAUUUCACGCUCUUCAUAAAAAGCUUAAGAAAUUCAUAAGAACUCCAGAAAUCCCUUCUAAGCAUGUAAGGAACUGGGUUCCCAAAGUUUUGGAACAGCGUCGUCAAGGCUUGGAAGCUUAUUUACAGAAUAUUAUUUUAGAAAAUGAAGAACUUCCUAAAAUUUUUCUUGAUUUCCUCAACGUUCGGCAUUUUCCUUCUCUCCCUAAAGCAGAAAGUUGUGGUUCAUUUGAAGAGCUAGAAUCUGAAGACUCAAGCAAACUGUCCCACCAGCCAGUGCUGCUGUUCCUAAGGGAUCCAUAUGUCUUGCCUACAGCCAAUGAUGAUUUUCCAAAUGUAGUUAUUGAAGGGAUACUCCAUGGAUUAUUUUAUCCUCACCUGCAGCCCAGGUAGAAAAAUCAGUUUGUAUGGACAAUAACCUAGUUCCAGCAAGAUGACAAGUGUACUUCAGUUAUCUUAAAAUCAUGGACAUAACAACUGUAAGGUAAAAAGUAAUUAUGGAGCAUUGUCUCUUUUGAAGAUUAAAAUCAUUGUUAUUAAUAUUGUUGCUGUUUAAAAAAUUAUGAAUUGAGAAAACAAAAGUCUGAUCAAUCUAUUUACUUAACUCUAAAUACUGAAACCUUAAAAGGUUCAUGAACAGAACUGCAUUAAAAACUAUCACUACAUGUUUUACAGUUUGUAAUAAGUGAUAACACAAGCCUUUGUGUUUUGUCUCAGAAUGUUCAUCAGUAUAGUAUCCACUGCUGGCAGUAGGUACAAAGGACAUUCUAAUACAAAGGCUGAAAAAUGCAAGUAUUAAGAAAAAACCUGCCAAAACUAGAAAUGCAAUAUAAACUUGAAAUAUUGUAUCAGUAUUUCUGAAGUCAUUAUUUCAUGAUGGUAAAUAUUAAUGCUAGAUAGCGAAACUUAUAUGCUUGAAGACUGGCUCCAGUGUAGCUUUAAUUUACUUCAGGACCCUGGCCGCAAUCCUUGGGCUUCCAGACAAUAACAUUAUUCCUGUUUAACCUAACCUUCUUGUAUUAAUGAACCUGCCCCAAUCUGUAACCAAAACAAGAAAAACACGACUAAUAAAAAUAAUAAGCUAAUAAAUAUUCAGAGCUCAGCUGUCUAAAAUGAACAUAAACAUGUCUAUUUUGCAAGCUGUUGGACUCCUAAAUAAACAGUGAAAAAUAAAA